UCAGCAACUGGGAAGCCAUCCUCGAGCUUUCCACCAGAUACGAUGACUGCGCAACGAGCCCUUGUGCCUCUGCCAUCACUGUUCUUGUACGUCAGCAGCUGACCGAGACCCGAUCCACAGAAUUCUACCAGCAGCUCAGCCAUGCCCCUGUCUCAAAUUGAGAAGAGCGUUACUCACUUGCUAGUCGCAACCAAACAACUCCUGGAAACCCUUACACAAUGGUCGCGCGGCCAAGCUACCGACGGUCAGGUUUCUGAUGUGUACGUCAGACUAGGAUACGAGUUCAACAUGGCAUGCCGAGCCUUCACUGCCAUCAACGUGGACACCUCCGACCUGGGCAAUGUUCCCGAACUGCUACGAAGCAUACUAGAGUCUACCUUGAGCCAAGAAGCGAGCACCGAAAGCUUGGAGAAAUACCUCCCACGAAUUCGAGAUAUCAUCAUCAACCUGCUGCAUGGAUUAAAGCGCAAACAGCAAAAGUUGCGGCAAAAGCAACCACGAGACAGGGAAAGCGGGGGUUCAGCUAACGCGCCGGAGCGGACGACAAGCACGAGCACGGUUGGCAGUGGGAACACGGGGUUGACGAAUCUGUUGGAGGAGGGCAUUCAGAAUGGCUAUCGACCAGACGCUCAGAGAGAAUCCUCCCAAUCCGCCGGUGCCGCCCCGGCAAGCACCUCUCCAAGUCGUCGACACCUGCCCCCGAGAGAUCAGUCGCGCGGUUCUGUCAACUCGGAGCAGUCUUCCAUAUCUAGUACGACGAUGCAAAACAUACCCGUCAUGCCUCCGUACCCCGGCGACGAGGCAACGAUGCCCUCUGCGCAGUCUGGAGAAGUCAACGUGGACUCUUUUCCACCGCCGCCACCUCCUCCAAAGCAGCAAUCAAGCGCAUUUGCGGCUUUGCAGAAGGGCGGCGAUCUGGAGAGAAGAGCUUCUCGGCGUUACUCGCAGUAUCAAAUAUCCAAGCACCUUGGCAGUGCCAUGAACGGCGUGCCAAUGUUGCCAUCGCAAAAUUCCCCGAUACCGAACCGCGGGCGGGGCGAAGUCCGGGAGUCUCUGCGCGCUGUGCAGACCCGAGAGACGCUCCGCCAAAACCGGGCCUCGAAGCAACCGCAACUAGAUACCUCCCCGGCACCGAGUCGUGCCGAGGCCGCAGCGGAGCUGUCGGCAGGCAGGCCCGAGAGUCCCACGAUACAAACGCCGGAAGACAAAUACCCUAAACCCAGCGCUACCCUGAAAGGCCCUAUGAGCGAUGAUCUCCCUAUUAUGUCACCCGACGACGAUGAUGGCAAGCCCGACCCACCACGCAAAGAUGAACCCAAGGUCUCGCCAGGGAUUAAGACUCCGGAGAAGAAACGCGACGCCAGUUUCCUUCACGAACAGUCUCCGCCCCUGACCACAGAACUCACUUUGUUCUUGCAAUACAAGUCCAAAGUCAAGAAGUUUGUGCUACCUGAGGGGUACAGCGAGCUCUCCAUUGGACGCCUCCAAUUGGCGUUCAUCGAAAAGUUCUCUUGGAACACACACUCCAAUGGAGCUGAUCUUCCAGAGAUAUACAUCCAAGACCCCGUAUCAGGUGUCAGGCACGAACUCGAGGAUUUGUCAGAUAUCAAGGAUCGAACAGUGUUGGUCUUGAAUGUCGAACCGCUGGAUGAAGUAAAACGUCACAUCGAUGAGGGCAUUGGACAACUGAAGAAGAUAGUACAGGAUGUGAAGCAGAACCAAGACGACCAAGGUCUGGCCCUUCAGCGAGUUUCGGAACGACAGCAAGAGGCGGUUGCGGAGAUGGCCCGGCUUGCUGCCGCCCCUCCUGCUGUGUCUGCGCCUACUGAUGGGUCCAAGUCAGCAAGCCUUGCUGGUGGCCGUAAGCUCGCUUCCGGGCACAUUACUGAAAUCCAGACCCUGCGCCGCGACCUUGCUGUCAUGCGCCAGGCCUACUCCAGCUUCCAGUCGGAGAUCCAAGGCUCCAUGUCAGCCAUCCGCAGCAAGGCAAGCAAUGUCAAGGCGGCGGUGGUCAAGGCCUCGAUACCGACCAUUGAUGGUGAGACCGGCCAUGCGUACGUCACCAAAGGUCGCGAGCAGCUCAACACAGAUUCCGAUCGGCUCGUCACAAAGGUCGACGAUCUGCAAGAUUUGGUCGAGGACCUCCGCAAAGACGUGGUUCUCCGUGGUGUGCGGCCCCUGCCUAGGCAACUGGAGACUGUCGCCAUGGACAUCACGAAGCUUUCCAAGGAGCUCAAGAAGGUGGAGGAUUACAUGAAGGAAGAGAAGCCCAUAUGGACCAAGAUCUGGGAGAAGGAGCUUGAGGACGUGUGCAAGGGCCGUGAUGAGCUGCGCCUUAUGGAGGAUCUCAUGAUUGAUCUGCAGGAUGACCUAGAGAAGGCGUCUGAAACCUUUGCGCUCGUCGAGCAGGCCACCAAGGAGCAGUUGAAGGACAACGGGACGGGCGCCAGCGCCGGCAGCGCCCGCAACUUUUCCAAGGGGCUGAACGGGAUCGGAAACAGUCUUGACCCGAACGCGGCCAAGGACGGUGUCCUCGGCGAGGUGAGGGCGCUCCAGCCGAACCACGAGAACCGUCUCGAGGCCAUCGAACGCGCGGAGAAGCUGAGGCAGAAGGAACUCGAGGGCCGUAAGGGGAAUGAGCUGCAGAGGGAGCUGUCCAACUUCGUCGAGGAGGGAAAGCUGAAGAAGUCUGGCGGCUUUGAGGAGGUGGAGCGGGCAAGGAAGGCAAAGGACGAUAUGAUUCGGAGGCAGGUCUGGGAGAGACAGAACGGUAUCGUUGCAGAGGAGGGCGAGGGGGAGGAGGAAGAGGAGGUUGAAUACGAAGAAGUCGAAGAGGAGGAAGAAGAAGAGGAAGAGGAAGGAGAGGCGGGAGCGGCGGCGGAAGCUGAGCCGGAGAAAGCUGCUGCUGCGCUGCCGGCGCCAUGAAGAUGGAGAAGCAGCGGACAGGUUUUUUUUGUUAUAAAUGAAUGGUCAUACACAUGUGUUAUGGUGUCAAUGACCCGUAUGGAGGAUAUGUCAAACACACUUUUGUUUCUUCUCGUCAUUUUAUUUGGCGUCCCCCUUUCUCGGCGAUCCCAUCACUCACUCUGCCCCGAUCUCGCAUAGGCGGAGUUU